CCAGGCACAAACAUCAUGCAAACUGUGCAACCCCAUUGGCUUAAAAUCCUGCAUAUUGGCAUGAUCAAUUAUUUCGCCAACACCACAUAUCUCUCCAAGUAUGACAGAACCAACUGGAGAAGAACCAUCCAGAGCAGAGCGCUUUAAAGCCACCCACCUCGCCGCCCGGCACGGCAACUACCACCACUACUACGCCAAGUUCCGGGCACAGGCCGUACCAGAUGAACGCCUUUCACUUCUCCCAACUGAGAUCCUGCGCAACGCACGGGUCAUAGAUCUCGGCUGCAACGCAGGAAAGCUCACCCACGAGGCAAUCGCGCACUGCGGUGCGGCAGCCGCUGUGGGCGUCGAUAUCGACCCGUGGCUGGUUGAGCAGGCGAAGGCAGCGUACCCGGACGGGCCGUGCACGUUUGAGCACUUUGAUUUUGUGGAUGCGUCUGCAUACACAGGCACGGCCCUGGGGACGUUUGAUGUUGUCUUGCUGCUGUCCGUUACGAAGUGGGUUCAUUUGAAUAGCGGGGAUGAUGGGAUGUUGGCGCUGUUUAAGCAUAUACGCAGUAUAUUGAAUGAAGGGGGGUAUUUGGUUGUUGAGCCGCAGCCGAUGAGCAAUUAUGCGAGGGCUUCGAAGAGGAAUAAAGAGUUGAGAGAGACGUAUAAGAAUAUUCAGAUUAGACCACCGUUUGAUGAGGAGUUGAAGGCGCAGGGGUUUGAGAGGAUACUUGAGUUCGAGAGGGACGAGGAGGGGUUUGCUAGGCCUGUACAUGUUUGGAAAAGGACAUCAUGACAUGAUUAAUGCAGAGGACAUCAAAUACAUCAGACUAUGGCUUUGGGAAGAUGUAGGGUUUUUCUGCUUCUCGU